AUGGCGCCGCAGGUCAAUUUCGUGACGGGCAACGCCAACAAACUGCGCGAGGUCAAGGCCAUCCUGGAGCCCGCCAUCGAGGUCAACAGCCGGCCGCUCGACCUCGACGAGGUCCAGGGAUCCAUCGAAGAAGUCACAAUCUCCAAGUGCCGGCGAGCGGCCGAGCUGGUCAACGGACCGGUCCUGGUCGAGGACACGGCCCUGUCUUUCAAUGCUCUGAACGGCCUGCCUGGUCCUUACAUGUUUGUCACUCUCUCACCGCCCCCCGCUCGCUACUCUCUCCCGUCCCUUGCUCACGUCUACGGAUCCAAAGAAAGUGGUUUCUGUCGGGAAUCGGACAUCAAGGCCUGA